GAAUAGAGAGCGCCUGCACUCCCUGCAGCCAAGGUAGACCCGUAGUUGCCGACAGUCCUUCCUUGUGUUACAGAGUCGAUAGAAGUUUGUGUUGGGUUUUGCUUGUGAGUUAGUGACAGUCCUCUAUUAAACAGGAAUGGCCUCCGUCAAAGAAACGGGGAGUUUUUUCACUCAUGGCGAUUCGAAACAGUAUGAAUUUGUCCUAACUCUCUACCCACAAGCCUUAAAACUUAAAGCCAAGGAGAAGAAACUCAAGAAGCCCGAAGACCUGCUGAAACUCGACGCAUGGUAUCAAGAGGAAUUACCCAAGAAAAUUCGAGCUCGGGGUAAAGACGCACAUUUGACCCACGACGAACUGGUUCAGUGUAUGAAAUGGAAGUUGACGAGAGGGAAAUUUUACUCGCAAAUGAUCAACUUGGUGAUGAUCAACACUCCCAAAGCGGUGGCCACCGAGACCCGGAAAGCUCUGCGCAAACUACCCAACCUCGAAUCCGCUUUGAAUAACCUGAGUAGUUUGAAAGGCGUUGGAACAACCAUGGCAACAGCUAUUUUGGCAGCUGCCGCUCCCGAAAUAGCUCCUUUCAUGGCCGACGAGUGCCUGAUGGCAAUCCCUGAUAUCGAAGGCCUCGACUACACCGCUAAGGAAUACCUCAAAUAUGUUCAGCACAUCCGAACAGUUGUGGACCGACUCAACGCCGAGAACCAAAACAGUGCGUGGAGCCCUCACAGAGUGGAACUAGCCCUUUGGUGUCAUUACGUCACCCGUAAACUAGAGCCAUCUUUGCUGGAUGGUAUUCCUGGUCUGGAAGAGGAGAGCAAAGAAAAUGGUACGGCAAAAUCGAGUGAUGUUGCUAACGGUUCCCCUACAGCUGUAGAUGGGAAAGACAGUGAAGAUUCAUCUUCCGGGCCGCUUGCGCUGGCCAAUACAGAGGAUUCAUCUGAGGCAACAAACGAUUCCUUAUCGGUGGUGAUUAAUUCUGAGGAGACAAGCCGGGAGCCCACGACUAAUGGUAACGGUAAUGAUACCACCAAUGAUAACACCAACGACAACACCACCAAUGAUCACGAUUCGUCACUGGCUGAUGGCGUACCAACCAAUGGUGCAAGUGUCGUGGCACCAGAUGACAAUGCUGCUGUCGUCGGAGGGAGAGAUGAUAAUGCUGUCAUAGGAGGAGAUGACAAUGCUGUUGUCGAUCAAGAAGAAUUGUCUUUGGAACCUUCGUCAAAAAAGAUUCGACUCCAAGAGCCCGAGGAGGGAACCGCAUAAUCUCUCUACUAUCCCACCUAUCUGUCUUUUCUUUCCUUUCACUUUCUAUAUCUGUUCCCUCCUUUUUCUUUUAUACAGUUAUGAUUCAUUUUUUCCUCUUUUUUUUUAGAAAAUGAAAUUGAAAUAUCUUCUUUAAGUAAUUACUCUCCUUUAUUGGUCAACUUACGAAUGGAGAGACGAUGAUGACUCUUCCGUAUUGCCAGUCAGUCACAGACUAAAAGGACUUGUACUUGGUUUCAGUGCCUCAGCGGCGCAGGUAGGCCGAUGUCAAAAUAUCCUCCUCCCCCCCCACUAUAGGAAAAAAAGAUAAUCGAAAAAAACUGUACGAUCCUUGGACUUUCAGCUAGCGAAUAACCCAUCUUGGUUAUUUUACCCCCCGCUUUGCCAGCUUCAAAUUCCCACACAAACUCUUUCUCUUCCCGUUCUUUUCAAUGGAAUCAUUCUCCCACUUCAUCGUCCUCUAGUUCCGGCAGAUCGCAAGAUGCUGCAUCAUCAUUUUUAAUAUUAUCUUUAUUUGAAAAAAAAAAUUUAGAAACAACCACCCGAAUCGAACGUAAUUAACGCCCAAAAAUUUACAAUGUGUCGUCAUAUUGGAAUUGGAAUGUUUGCUCUUUAGCUUCGGAUUAUUCUCUUUUCCGCUUGAAAGUUUGGAACGUAUAGGGGAAAAAAUCUCAAUACAUUUGCGGGUUGGCGGUUCUAUAUUAACAUUCCAGUUACCUGAAUCAAUAACUGUUAAAGAAAGAUAAAUCGAGGCGGUCACGAUACACACAGCGGAUGGACUGAAAGAAGUGCAAGCCAGCUAUUAUCUUGUCAAUGUAAAACUUUUCUUUUUCUUCUCUCUCUCCACCACCAUCAUACCUACUUCUAUGUCUGCAAGUCUAUUUUAUAAUCUUGUGACUUUCUUUCUUUUUUUUCGACACGCUCUUUCCCUGCUCCCGCGCCAACUAUUCACAAUCUCCCUCCCUUAAAAAUCCUAAACUUAUUUUGAUGAACUCGAAUCGGAUUGAAAUGGACGACGACGGAAAGAAAGGCUAUCAAUUGUUUUCCUCUAUGCUGAAAGUGUUUCUAUUGCAAUGAAAUAGUGUUGUCUAAAAAAGACUUGUAUGUGCAAGCCUCUCGUGUGUAUUUCUGCAAUUGUUCGUAACCUGGAACAUGCAACAGAUUGUCUGACAGCUUCACUUUCCCACCUGAAUUUGGGUUUCACACUCUUUACUUUUUUAUUACCUUCGUUUUUUAUGCCGAAAAACUUAUUCCUCUUGAUUUUUUUUCCCAUUUUUUCCCGUCAACUAUCAGCUGUUUCCUUCGGAUUUCUUUUCGAAUCUGUAGUGUCAAACUAUUUAGUAAUCCAUGCCCUGCUCGAUUGAUCUGCUGUGUAAUGUAUCAGAUCUUCGAAGAAGUACACGACUGAAAGUGUCUUUAUUUAAAAGAAAA